CGCUCAGGAGGAAACGGCUGAGGUUCAUUUCGUGCUAUGUGCGGUCGACUCCGUACCGUUCAGAGCGAGAGAGCGAGGGGCAGAGAGCAAGAAAAGGGAGUUUAGGAUUCACGCUUGGGGUCAGGCAACUGAACGUGUUGCUUAAACUGCAAGAGGAGAACACGAGACGCCUGUAAUGACAUCAAGUGAAUUAAGUGAAUAAACAAGCGGCACUGCACAGCUGAUAGCAAGAGAGGCAGACAGAUCCGAGAAGAGAGGAACAGGGACGAACUAGCUGGGUUGCCCCGAAAGCGUGGACAAGGCUGUAAACCAGAUAAAACAUGGCAGAUGCUGACCUGGACUUCACAACGGGCGACGCUGGUGCCUCUGCUACCUACCCCAUGCAAUGCUCCGCCCUGCGCAAAAACGGUUUUGUGGUGCUAAAAGGUCGACCGUGCAAGAUCGUGGAAAUGUCCACAUCUAAGACCGGCAAACACGGACACGCCAAGGUUCACAUGGUGGGCAUCGACAUCUUCUCUGGCAAAAAGUACGAGGAUAUCUGUCCCUCAACCCACAAUAUGGAUGUCCCCAACAUUAAAAGAAUGGACUACCAGCUUAUUGGCAUACAGGAUGGCUACCUGUCUCUGCUCCAGGACAGCGGUGAGGUCAGAGAAGACUUAAAAAUGCCAGAAGGAGACCUGGGCAAAGAGAUAGAAAGCAAGUUUGAUGCUGGUGAGGAAAUCCUGAUCACUGUCCUGUCUGCUAUGAACGAGGAGGCUGCAGUAGCCAUCAAAGCCAUGGCUAAAUAAAACACAGCAGGGCUUGACCAGAUGCAUUGGACCUGGAUAUGAGAGAAUUAGACCUCAGCAAUGCUAUUCUCCCUCCUUUUUUCUUUCUCAUUCUUUAUUUCUCUCUCGCUCUCUCCCUUUCUUUUUCUUUUCUUUUUAAUAGCCCAUGUGAGAGUUAAAAAAUAAAUUUAAUAAUCAAAAUGUUCCAAACAAAAACUUUUUUCAGAAACAAAAGGUACAUAAUUGAUAGAUAUCAAAGGGACCGUAUGAACGGCAGACGGAAGUACCGUAGUGAUGAGGGGAAAGCUUUUCUUUGUAUCUAUUUAAUUUAUUUGUUGGGGUCUGAGAGGGGAGCGUGAGCGUGUCUGGUUUCAUUUUCAGAUAGCUAUCCCUCAUAUGUUCUUCGCUAACACAACGGUAAAUAGCUGUAAGAGGUUUGUUAUGUGGUUGAUUUUAUUCAUGAGCCGUCAUAGUGCAAUGGGAGGGAGGGAAAAAAAGUAAAGGACAGAUACAGAAGCAAUGACAUGAGAAAUAGGGUCUUCACUACAGGACUAGGUGCUCUGCUUAACAUCCCUUUUAUCUUCCUGUAGCUUUAAGAGCGGCUGACAAUAUCACACAGCUUGGUGUAUAUAGAUGGAUGAUACAGUAUGACUUAGCUCCUCCCCCUCACUCCCUCUCCCCUGAUGAAACGGAUAACACGGGGGAAGGAAGCAUCACCAUUUUUAAAGAAUUUCCCCAGAUGUAUGAUCUGAAGUAGAACGAGGAUCCAUUAGCCUUAUCUUUCGUCGAAAUAAACAGACGCAUACUUUUGCCUAUAAAUGUACUCAGUAUUGACCUGUGGUCCUUCGCUUAAUGCUUGCCGCUCCCGUUCAAAGGACAAACAAUUAAGAACCUCAAUUCCCGUCUUUAAAGUUUGAGGGUUUAAUGACAUUUUGAAAAAAUAGCACUUCUCCCCUUUAAAAUGAGUAUCCUAUGCAGGCCUGAUACAGUCCUUACCCUUAACUACAGUACGGUUUUGUUUCAUUUUGUUCCAAUACUGUGAUUAAGACAAAAAUAAAUACCAAUAUAAACACAACCCAACCAAAUAUUAAAAAGAGCACAUAUAAAUCAUGUCUUUAUUUCUGUUUGUGAUGCAUUCUGGUGUUGUAAUACUGACAAGAUAGAAAAAGGCAUUAAAAGACAAACUUAAAGUA